AUGCCUUUAGAAGAUGUGUCACAUGAUAUAUGUAUGGUCGACUGGCUUCGUCGGGGUGGCCAUGGACAUUUACUCGAUGAACAUAAUCAAUCAUAUCCUAUGAGACCAUCGAUAUCACCACCACCACCAAUACCUCCACGUGAUUAUAAUAGAAUUGAUCCUUAUUGUGAUUCAUAUAACCGUUCAAUGUCUUUUUCUCGAAAUGAGAAUUUCAAUACUCUACCAUAUAAUCCUUCGUAUAGACCUGAUAAUUUUAUUACAUCUCCUACAGAAUUUUUAGCACCACAUACAAAUCCACUAUGUGUUGAUAGGGAUGUUGAAGCUAUGCGAUAUGAUCCAAAUACUCGUGUUGUACAACGACCAGCACAAGAUGACGUCUUAUACAAACAACGAGUUUUUGUAAGAUAUUUACAACCGCCAACUCCACCUGUUAGUGGAGCAAUUAUUGUUCGAGAAAAACAACUACCACCACCACCUCCUGAACCACCUCUUGUUAUCAAACGUGCUCCACCUCCACCUCCAACUCCACCACCGAUUACUAUUCGUGAACGUCCACCACCAAUGCCACCACCCGAAGGUACUACUGUUAUUAAUAAAGUGAUACCACCUCCAGCAAAACCUCCACGUCAAGUCAUCGUUGAACAAUAUCCUCAGUUACCUCCCAAACCUCAAGAUGUUAUUAUAGAACGAUGGCUUCCUGUCAAGCAACGUCAACGACGUAUUUUUUAUGAACGUGCUCCUGCUAAUCCACCAACAUCGACAGGACCAAUGAUUGUCCAAUAUGGUCAACCACAAAUACGUAUUCAACGUGAAAUUCGUACUGAACCUUGUGCACAAUAUACUUGUCAACCAGUAUCAUGUCAUUCGAAUAUAAAACAACAUAUUUGUUCAACAGUAUCACCUUCAUCUUUGAUGUCAUAUAAUCCAUGUUCAACAUUACAACCAAGUAAAUGUUGUACGUGUCAAUCUCAAUCAAAGAUUGUUAUGAUGCAAAAACAACAGCCAUGUGCAAGGUCAGUAACUUGUGUAUGUUCAUCAAAGUCAACCACUGGACUAGGUGGAUAUGGUUGUAGUAUACCAACUAUUAGCAAUUGUGGUGGACAAACAACAGUUUAUAGUGUACCCGAAAACGUUCCCAUUAAUAAUGUUAUUCGUCAAUUUGGUAUUGAUCCAUGUUGUAUCCAACCUCCAACAAACAUGAUCGCAUGCAUGUAA